AAGUUUAACAAAAGCCUUUUCAUUAUUUUUUUUUUUGGUCUGUUCUUGGACAAUUGUUAGUUGAAAAAUGCCAAACAACAAAAGACACACGUUAAAGACCAUCAAAAACCGGGACUCGAUGCAUCCAUCGUCCCGAAAGGCAUUUCAGCUUACUAGAGUAGUCAUGCGCAAUGACCGUCUGGAGCAGAGAGCAAGAUCAAAGGAUUCCAUUGGAAAUCCCAAAAUUGAUCGCUGGUUAUGGUUCAAGUUUGCACUUGACGACUCCUUGCCUUGUGCGAAUAGCGAAGAACUUCACAGCUUGAUUGACAUGUAUCUGAGCAGAAAUGAUGAAGAAUUGGAAAAGCUCCAGUCGCUCCGAAAAGAUUCAAAGCGACCCAAGAGCAGUAGACAGGAUAUGUUGGAGGCUCUGGUCAAAAGAGAACAUGAUGAGUAUAGCAAAGGUUUCGAACUCCCAGACCUCCAAAAUCCCAAAAAUGUGAAGAUACUUAGAGCCUGGGAUGGCGACAAGAACAGCAUGGCGCGAAUAAAGACGAAAACAGUCCAGAAUCCGUCGGCAAUACCUCUUGCGCCUACUGCAGCCUCUACAACAAACAAAGACGUUAUGGACAUCACUAAAUAGAUUUAGAAACACCAAUUGUAUAUUAGUCUACCACUGCAAUCAAUAACUAUCAUUUUCUCUAGCGGAAAUAACGCUAUUCACUGGAAUUAGUCAUUUUAAAAGGUUUUUUGGGUAUGUUUGAAUAAGUGCAGACAGAGAAAUCCUAACAAUAUCGUGCGUUUAUACGAAGUACAGA